CGAUUUCUAUCACCGUUUAGCACCACUGAACCUGACAGCGGACUGUCCUGAAGCCCCACGGAAUCUCGCGCUCUAGUAGAGUGAGAGAGAGAGAGUAGCGCGCGCUGAACGGACCGCAGUGGAAUGUAGCUGGGAUUCCCGGCGCGCGGGGCAAGAGCUGUCAAUCAUUCAUCAACGCCCCAAGAAAACACCUGAGUAGGUGGAGCAUGGCCAGUAGGAGUGGCUGGCAUUACUAUGCCUGAAGGCACGUGGAGAUGGUGUCCAUGGAGACAGAUGGCAGCUUCAGUGGGGGCCACGGUUUGUCCCUCUUACAGGCUGAAGAUAGCGUGGGGGACGGACUCGCUCAGCAGGAGGGGUCGUGGCUCGGCUUCCGGGCUACAGUGAGUGCUGUGCUGCUGCUGGAGCUGCUCCUGGGAGUGGGUGGCAAUCUGACCGUGCUGGUGUUAUACUGUGGUCACUGCAGCCUGUUGGAGUCCGUCAGUCAUGCUGUCACUCUCAGUCUGCACACCCUUGACCUGCUGCUCUGUCUCCUCUGCUUGCCAAUCACUGCCACGCUCCUCAUUCUGGGCGGAGCCUCGGUUCCUCACCACGCCCUUCUCUGCUGUCUCCACGAAUCGGCAGCCAGCUUCGCCAGUGUGGGCACCGCACUUAACCUGCUGCUCAUCAGCUUAGAUCGCUAUGACAUCAGUGUCCGGCCAGCCAAUCGACUGCUGACACCUCGAAGAGCCACCAUUUUACUUGUUGGAGUAUGGGCGGUUUCUUUAGCCAUGCCCCUCCUACCGUUCGUGGAGGCGGGGUUUGUUUCGGGGCAAGGCGAGGGGGUGUUUGUGCACUCCAAUAGCACUGUGCUUUGCUCAGAGUGGGGAGGAACUCUACAGGCUCAUCUUUUACUACAGGUUCCCGUGUUCCUGUGCUCUCUCGCUGUGAUGCUGUUUACAUACUCACGAAUUCUUCAGGCACUGCGCAUCCGCAUCGGACGCACACCCAGGUCCCACCGAGACAGCAAACGACCUGUGCAUCGCCUCUGGUUACGGCGUAAAAAGUCAACGAGGUCGCCGGAUCACACGACGAGAAACACACCCACCUCCCCACCGCCGCUUUCAACCGGACCACUUAUCGCCUCAGAUACAGUUACAACAGUAACCAUCAACACUGAGACGAACACUCCCUCGCUCAAUACGCCACUUAGCCCCACCCCUACUGUAUCUGUUAUAACGUCUCCUUUAAGCCCCACCCCCACUGCUUCAAUGGUAACCAUGCCUUUGAGUCCUGCCACAUCUGUAUCCGUCAUAACUAGCUCUCACAUCCCCACCCCUGCUACAUCAUCAGUGGCCACGCCUUUGAGCCCCAGGCCCACUGUAUCCACAGUAACCACUCAGCUAAGCCCCGCCCCCGUUCAGGGUCCGCCCAGCAUGGGCGUGGGAGCGUCAGUAUCGGCCAUUUUGGCUCUACGUCGAGCAGUUCGGCGCCACCGGGAUCGGCGGGAACGCCAAAGGCGUGUUUUUCGCAUGUCCGUUAUCAUAAUCCUCUCGUUUCUGCUAUGCUGGGCGCCUCUCUCCAUCAUGCCCCUUCUCAUGCUGGCCAUCGGGCCAUCUGAUUGGCUAGAACGCCUGAGAAUCUGCUUCCUGGUGCUUGCUUAUUGGACGGUAGUGCUACAUCCGCUGCUGUACGCGUUCACGCGGCAAAAACUGCGCAAAGUUCUGCAUACCCGUCUCCGCAGGCUGCGGCCACAAAAAAACACGCAGACUCGAAUUCGCGCUAAUACCAGUAUCCGCCGCAAGCACAGGGCAGAUUGCAGUGAUGCUACUGACCGCUGCCUGACAGAGGCUGUUAGAGAGUGAAUGUUUGUGUGUCUUUGACUUAUAACUAGGCUCACACGGAAUCUGAGAAUUUUUUAUUAAAUAUUUUGGAUAAUUUAAUUAUGCUUUCAGCUGCUAAUAUGAGUAUGCUCAGCUCCAUUAAACAUAUUUCACCAUGUUUAAAUCCAAGGGCGUAACCAUAUUUUAAACAUUUGUUAGAGACUUAAGGGAACAAAGAAAAAGAGAAAGUCAGCAGAUUCCGCCUGGGCCUAUUUAUGACUGUAGGUAAAAGGUGUGUGCAGGAAACCAGUAAUGUGUUAGAUGUGUUAGAUGAUAUGUGUGACUUGCUCACAUCUAUAAAGGAAAUUAAAAUACAUUGGUAGGUCUCUAUUGUCCACGAGUGUGUAGUAUCAUUGGCAACUAAUCAGCACAGGGUUUCUAAAGCACACUGAACUCUGAGGUCAACAGGGCACUGUCUAAUUAACCAGUAGAGCACAUAUAUACCCAUGGUGCUAGGAGAAAAGAGCGAGAUUGAGAGAGCAAACCUACAGGUGUGAGUCUGCCAGAGGCCAUGUGCAAUAAAUUCCAAAUCCAGGUUUUGCAUUGCAUGAUUUCCAUAUAAAUUAAUAUCAACUUAUUGGCAUUCAUUGUGUGGUGUAAAGAGUAACCAUCUAUCCACCAGUACACAUACUUGUGCACAUAUUUUACAUUGUCCUUCUCACUGAUAGUUUAGAGGGCAAUAGAUUUAUCAUUGUGUUUAUUAAUUUAUAUGAUCAGGGAUGUAAAUAGUCACUAAUAUUCCUGUUGUUUGAAACUGCAGCCAAUUUGAAUUCGGCUCUACCAAGGGCAUGCGUACUGGUUCGAUCAGUUUCUGAAAAUAUUGACAAAACAACUUUUACAAAGUCGAAAUUAAUUUAUUUUAUCUGUGUCCCGUAUAUGUAUAUCUUGUCAGUGCUGUAUAUUAUUUCAGUUUGAGAUGGGUAUUGUAUUACUUUACAAUAGAAGAGCAAUAAGUCUGAAUUACAGUAAUAAAAAGAUUCAGCCUC